AUGGCGUGGGAACACCUGUCCAUAAACAAACCGCAUCUGGUGUACAUUAUCCUGGGUGGGUUUACGAGCAUGUUCAUGCUGUGUUCACUAUUUAUCAAGGAAAAGCUGUACAUCGGCGAGGCCACAGUUGCUACCCUCUGCGGCGUUAUCUUUGGACCACAUGCUGCCAAUCUGAUCAAUCCUUUGACCUGGGGCAACACUGAUAUGAUCACGCUCGAGUUCUCUCGCAUAGUCCUCGUCGUUCAAUGCUUUGCCGUCGGUGUCGAACUGCCAAAAGCUUACAUGGAAAGACAUUGGAAAUCUGUUGUUUUCCUGCUAGUUCCAGUCAUGACUUUUGGCUGGCUCAUCACGAGCCUCUUUAUCUGGUGGAUGAUUGAGCCUCUCACUUGGCUGGAAUCUCUUGCGGUUGCAGCUUGCGUCACGGCCACAGAUCCUGUCCUGGCUUCUUCCGUCGUCGGCAAGGGCAAAUUCGCCAAACGAGUUCCAAAACAUCUUCGAGACGUUCUCUCGGCCGAAUCUGGCUGCAACGAUGGAAUGGCAUUCCCUUUCAUUUAUCUUUCUCUAUAUCUAAUGAGAUACGACCUUCAUGGCAGAGAAGUUGUCUAUCACUGGGUAUGUUACACGAUUCUGUACGAGUGUGUCUUUGGUGCUAUCUAUGGAGUCACUGUCGGUUAUAUGGGUCGUCACGCCAUCAAAUUUGCGGAACGAAAAGGCUUGAUCGAUCGAGAGAGUUUUCUCGUGUUCUACUUCGUCCUGGCCUUGUUUUGUGCCGGUUCAGGAAGUAUGUUGGGCAUGGAUGAUCUCCUGAUCGGAUUCGCAGCCGGAGUCGGAUUUUCCAACGAUGGUUGGUUCACUGAAAAGACAGAGGAAUCUCAUGUCUCCAACGUCAUUGACUUACUCCUCAACUUGGCCUAUUUCGUCUACUUUGGAACCAUUGUACCUUGGGACCAAUACAAUGCUCCGUCACAUGGCUUGGUUCCAUGGAGGCUUGUUGUCAUCUCCAUCUUUGUCAUUCUGUUCCGUCGAAUCCCCGCCAUGUUGGCUCUGAAACCGGUCAUUCCAGACGUCAAAACCUGGCGAGAGGCUUUAUUUGCGGGUCAUUUUGGUCCUAUCGGAGUGGGUGCCAUUUUUGCCGCCAUUCUCGCUAGGGCAGAACUAGAGACGGAAGGAACUGAACCUCUAGCCACACUUCCUUCACCAGGCUCAAAGGAGUACGACUUGAUCUACCUUGUUUGGCCUAUUGUGACCUUCUUGGUCAUUUCAUCCAUCCUCGUACAUGGCUCGUCAAUUGCGGUGUUCACCUUGGGUAAACGCAUCAACACCCUAACAAUCACGCUCUCGUACACUCAAGAUAACGAAAAGGGCCCCGCGUGGAUGAGCCGUCUUCCAAGAAUUACAUCUCAAUCACGAUCCAUGUCACGUAUGGACAGCUCGGACUUUGAGACCGACGAAAAGCUCGAUAUCCCUCCUGGACAAUUACCUCCGGUCGGAAUUCCUAAACUUCAACUUCGACGACAACGCGAAGAUGAGUACGAGAAAAAGCCAGGCUCAAGAUCCUCCAGCCUGGGGCGAUCACGAAGACGGAGGCGUCGAGAUAAAGACUUUGAGGACCGUUUAGGCGGCCCGAUCAGCCAGAGCGCCAUUGCGCCAAUAAGGCGCCCGGAGCCCAUGCUCUCCCAGCAGGAGUCUGGUUCGGAUACCUUGCUUGAGAAAUCUGUUGAACCGUCACCAGAAAGUCGACCAGAUCGCCCGGUGACAAGAUCUGCGGCCUCAUCUCCCGAACGCGAUGAAAUCGAAGCGGAACGAGAGACUGAAACCGAGACGCGGCCCACUUCGAAGGACCGACCGGCCGAUAUCGAAGCCUAUGAAGAAGGCGCCCACGUCAUUGUUGAAGAUGAAGAAGGCAACGUUGUGGAUACCAUUGAUACCGCUGGACUGACGGAGGACCAGAAGGCGGAGGCCAUUGAGAAUGCUCGAGUCCGUUUGACCAAGGAUGACACUGGCAAGUUCGCGAAACACAAACAUGAAACUCAUGCGAGAAAUGAGGGUGAAGAACUGCAAGAAGAGGUAGACGAGGCUUUUGGUCAACCCCAGAAGUCACUGCGCCAGAGAUUUGAUCAGUGGAAAGGUUUCGGCAAACGGAAAGAGGAAGAGGUUGAAGCUGCUGGUCCAUCAAAGAUGGCAAGAAAGAGGGGCCCUGCUCAUGCUUAUCAAUUUGGUAAUACGAUCAUCGUUGAAGAUGAAGAUGGCGAGGUCAUCAAAACAUAUACGAUACCCAGUGACAGUGCCUCCGGCGAGAAGACGAGAGAGCAGCAAUUGCGAGACGGUUUGCGCCGAAUGAGUACCUGGGUAGGACUGGGUCGACAAACCGAUGCCGCCGGACCAAGUACCACCGCCGCUCCCUCAACAGAGGGCGAAGAGGAAACGAAGAAGAAACCAGAUUUUAGAAGGCAUGUGUCCAAUGCAUCAUCUGAUGACGGGUUAAGGAUGAUUAUAUCGAAGACUGAUCAAUACGGCUUGACCGGACUACAAAAGAAGACUCGAGAUGCUCCUGGUACCCUCGCUCUUGGAUCUGGAAGACGGCUGUCCACAAGAGACUUCAUCAAACAAAUGCAGCAGCUGGACCCCAAGAGUAGGGUCCAAGAGGCUGAGCACAGUGGCGGUAGAGAACCUGUCACUCCUCUUGACAGACCCCGACGAGACCGAGCCGAAGCGAAUACUGGUGCGAUUCUCGAUCUGCCACGCCCACAUACCGCCCGGAGAACCCAAAGCGAGACGGUACCUGAUGGUGAGGAUUAUUUUAGUCCACAUCGACGUCCAAGACCUGACCGGACGACCACUACCGAGCGCAAUCAGACACUGGAAGAAGAAAGUGAAGACGAGGAAGACGAAGCAACUGACAUUCCCACUCACGAUGUGGCGUCGAGUUUGGCCAGGCAUGGUAAAGGUCAGACUGCAGCAGACGUAAGAAGACGUCAACUGGCAAGGAUUCGAUCCGAAAAUGAAGAGGAAGCUGGAGAGGAAGGAGAAACUGCAGCAGAAAAGAGACGACGAUUGGCUGCUUUGGGUCUGGGCGACGCAGAGGAAGAUUCGAGCAGUGAAAGUGACGAGGAGGACCAACCUCGUCGAAAUCGGGCUGCGGUGCAAGAACCUGGUCAGGAAGGACCAUCGACUCAACCUAGAGCACGCAUUCAAUGGGGAGGGGAGAGUGGAAGAGAGAAAGAGAAACCAUACGACAUAUAUGAAGGUGAUCCAAUCGUCGGUGCGGCGCGAAAACUCAGGGGUAUGCUCAGGAAGAAAUCUUGA